AUUAUGGCGGAGAGGCAGGCAGGCCUCGACGCGUUCGACUCGGUAGAUAUCAUCGCCUUCAAAAAUGCCUUAACAGAUCUUCGUUCUGCACAUGAAACCAUGGACGACACCUUCAGUCGUCCGGGUGCACAGCUUGCAGACAAACAGGCAUUCACCAAUAAGACAGGAAACCUGAUCACAGCCUACCCUGUGUUGGUGGAUCUUAGGAGACUGGUCCAGUUAUGUCCCAGCAACACGUCUGCUGCUCUGACAGGCGACGAAGGCAUCAUUCCCGGGAUAUCCAACACCGACCUGCUGCAUGCUGUUGUGGGAUUGUAUGAUGUAUCAUUGUCAGAGAUGACCCCAGAUGUCCUCUACUCCACUGUAUGUGAGAAAUGGGCCAGAACCAUUGUUCUAGUCAGAGACCUCAAAGAAACUGUGACAUCAUUGAAAGAAAAGAAAAGUCAAAAGAAGACUGAUAAGGACAAUGAUGAUGACACGGAAUCAAAGGAGUCCAAAUCAGAGGAGGAAGAAGGAGAAAAGGAGGACAAAUAUGAGGAGGAAGAACAACUCCCAAGCAAGUUUGCUGAUGUAUACAGUGACACAGAGUCUGAGGAAGAGGAUCUGGAGGAAGAUGAUGAUGAAGAAGAUUUUUCUAAGGGAAUAAACACAUUCAUUAAAAAGACAGUAGAAAGGAGGAAGGGGAGAAAAUCUGAGGACAAUGAAAUAAAGGAGGAGCAGAUCGGAAUAGAGAAUCGCAUCAUCGGCUGUAUUACAUUUGAAAAGAAAUAUGUGCGACAGCGUGAUAGAGUGAUCCACCUCACACUUCUAUCUGUCAGACGUAGACAAAGGAAGUUUGGCAUCGGCAAAUACCUACUACAGCAAGUGAUAGACCCUGGUGUUGUGGGCCAUUACGAUGCCAUAGUGGUACAUGCUGAUAAUGCUGCUGUUGAGUUCUUCCAACACUUUGGAUUCUCUGAUGAUGUCGUCCUCAACAGUAGAUGGAGUGAGCUUGCAGAACAGUUUACCAACUGUACUCUGAUGUGUUACCUACCAGGAUUCUCAGGGCACAGUUUGUUGAGCACAGUGAAAGUUCCUGGCUUUGAAGUAUUUGAGUUAGAGCAGGAAUUUAAUAAAUGGAAAGAAAAGACUGUGGAGGUUUAUCAGAAUCAAGUAUCUGUUGUAAUGAGGAUGAAACAUGAAAUCCUACAACUCAAGACAUUGACACACAAACAGAACACUUUGAUAGAAACACUGCUGAAGGACAAUGAGAAGUUAAGGAAGGAGAAGCAUGCUGUUGAAAAAGAAUAUCUAGGAUACAAAUUCUCGACAGCCAAAGCAUCUUCACUCUUACAUGAGAGAACCAUUUCAGAUGAUGGUUCUGAAAUAAGCACAGAAGAUCUUAUUAAUGAGCUACAACAACAAGUUGACACCAUGGAUCUUACCAUUAAGAAGAAACGGCUUGAGUCUCUACAGGAAACUAACCCUGAAAAGAACAGCAAGCUCAUGACAUUUGAUGAUAGCAAGUAUGUGGCGUUCCCACCUUCCAACAUCCGCAAUGCACCGACUGAACCCUAUGAUCACAUGAAAGAUGCAGCAUUCUUUUACGAUGUCACAGAACGGUUCAAAAAGGCCAUGAAGCUUGAUCCUUCUGUAAAAAGCAAUUAUGAAGUCACCACUAUCUCAAAGGCCACCCUGACUGAACAGUACAUGGAGGACUACAAGAACAAGCUGAGUACCUUGACAGACCCGUCCAUUGUGGUUGACCUGUACUACUGUGGCACUUUAGAACAUCCAGAGAGGAUACCAGACAUUCUCACACAUGGUUUUACUGAAUCAGAUAUCCAACAUGGAGAAUAUGGAAGGGGACUUUAUUUUUCAAAAUAUCCCUCGAAAGCAGCUCAUUUCUCUGGGGUGAGGAAGAUCCUACUGGUGGAGGUUGGACUGGGGCACAUCGAGACUGUCACCAAGCAGGACAGGACGAGAAAGUCACCAAGUCGUGGUCAUGACUCCAUAAUUACUCCGGGUCGUCUGAAGCCCGCCCGUGACUGUGGAGUCGAGGAGAGGACGAUGACGGAGGAGUAUGUGGUGUUUGAUGUGAGGCAGGUCAUGCCUCUCGGACUUAUCACCUACGAUCAUCAUGCUGUCAGUUGAUGAGGCAAACGUUGCUGUCGGGAACACGUGUUACAUGUAACAUU